AUGCAAGACUUUUACAAUUACAUAAAGAUGCUAUCUUACUAUUACGUAAUGGACAACAUCAAAUAUUGGCUGACAGAACACCCUUCCAUUGUCUCCUUCCGCUGGACUCCCACCCAAUUAUACGCCGCCACCUGGUCCUUCCUAGUCUCCGCCAUCUCCUUCUACGUCGCCGCCGCCCUGGCCCUCCAUCUCCUCCUUAAACUCUGCCGUAUCCGCCGUUCCCUUCCGUUAGGGCCCAUCCCCGUCCUCCACAGCCUCGCCAUGUCGUUAAUCUCCGUCGCGAUAUUCACCGGCACGCUCUUCUCCGCCGAAGCCGAAGCCCGUGACACGCGGUGGCUGUGGCGGCGCACCAGAACCACUUCGUUCGAGUGGCUACUCUGUUUCCCUCUCGGUACUCGCCCCUCCGGUCGUGUCUUCUUCUGGUCCUACCUUUUCUACCUCUCACGUUUUCUCCACCUGCUGCGCACCUUCUUCGUCGUUUUGCGUGACCGAAGGUUGUCGUUUUUGAGACUGUUUAACAACUCCGUAAUCCUCGUCAUGUCGUUUCUGUGGCUGGAGUUUUCGCAGUCGCUUCAGGUGCUGGCGAUUCUGUUUUACACGUCGGUUUAUUCCGUGGUCUACGCGUUCCGGUUGCGGACGGAACUCGGGUUGCCGAACAAAACACCGUUGUCGUUCACCGCGAAUUGCCAGCUGGCACUGUUGGGUUGUAACGUUGCGUGCCACGUUGGCGUGCUCUUGUUGCAUUACUUGCGAGGAGGGUGUAACGGAAUCGGAGCUUGGCUUUUCAACUCUCUGUUAAACGUUGCUUUUCUCGUUCAGUUCUUGAAAUCCUACGUUAAUCAUCCACAAAGAAAAAUUAAAAGUACUUCUGUCUGCUCUUCUUCAGCAUAG